ACACGGCAGGAAACGUAGCUACUGUUCGGGGUAUUUAAGGGGCAGCCUAACGCAGCCCGGAGAAGUUAUCGCAGCCCGCUGUUCACCUGGCCCUCUCUGAUCCUGUUCUCUUCCUUUUCUGUAGAAGAGCAGAAUAUUCAAGAUUCAACCUACAGUGAUGAACGGUGGGAUCUGUGUGUGCGUGCUGCUGGCAGCUCUUUCCACCAGCUGUCUCGGACGCCCCUCUUCAAACACACAGGAUGAGAGCAGGGCUGCCCAGUCCCAAGUGGACACUGUCCUGUCCGAACACAUGCGCGAAGCCCGCUCCACGCCCCUUAGCGACCAGCAAAAACCCAAAGCAGAGGAGGGUGUGGAUUCCCGGGCCAGCCUGACUGAACUGCUGGCAAGGUUGAUAUCUAGGAAAGGAAACACCCGCAGAAACUCCACCAUAAACAGCCGAGCGAGCGGCCUGAGCGCCAACCACAGAAUAAAGGACAGAGAUUACCUGGGCUGGAUGGACUUCGGGCGUCGCAGUGCCGAGGAAUACGAAUACUCGUCAUAAAGCACACCUGUACUCUGAAAUUCUGAACAGAGAGACAGAGAUUCAUUUCAAUUUGUAGUCUUGGAAGUUGGUGUCUAAAAUAUAUAUAUUUAUUAUGUAUUUGAUGUACAUUUGUUUUUAAACCUAAUAUGAUGCAAUAUAUAGCCUACAUAUGGCCGAUUUUACAGAAAAGGAGAAACUUGUUCAUGUUCCGGUUUCUUUUCAUUUGGUGAUAACGUGGCAUUAAAUUAUUUAAUCACAUACACAUAUUUGUUCAUACAAAGUCCAGUCAUGUGCUCUCAGUGAGGAGCUAUUGGGUGUAUGAGAAUAAAUCCAGCGGUCAACAUUCAA